GCGCAACGAGCUGGAAGAAAUCAAUCCGCGGGAUCGGUAAUAAAUAUAAGAUCAAGUGCAGUCGAUUUAUGCGAGUUUCAGUGAAAUUACAUUGCCGAAUUUAAAUCAUUUCUGUGCCAUCGGGUUCAAGUGUCCAAAAGCUAGGAAGUGUACAUUGUUUAACUUACUAAGCAGACUUUGCAAAAAGUAAUCCCGGAGACCCAGUGGCGGCGACAUAAAGUCACUUUAUCAGCUCUCAGCCAUGGAUUUUAGAAAGCAUUUGGGUUUAUUGAUGCUCGUCCUAGUCGCUGUCCUUGCGUUUUACGGUCGCCCAGUGGACGCCUGCUCCUGCUAUCCCGCCCAUCCGCAGACGCAUUUCUGUCAGGCAGACUAUGUUGUGCAGCUGCGAGUCCUUCGCAAAUCAGACACCAUCGAGCCCGGAAAAUCCACCUACAAAGUGCAACUCAAGCGCACCUACAAGGCCACUCCCGAGGCGCGUCGAAUGCUACGUGAUGGACGCCUGGCCACACCCCUCGCAGACUCCAUGUGCGGAAUGAAGCUGGACAUUGGCAAGGUGUACAUUAUAGCUGGAAAGAUGCCGGCUCUUAAUGUUUGCCACUAUGUCAAGGAGUACAUCAAGAUGACCAAGACGGAGCGUCAUGGCUUCAGCGGUGGCUAUGCCAAGAGUUGCAGUUGCACGGUGACUCCCUGCUUCCGUGAUGCCUGCCUGAAGGGGCCAAACUAUGUGGACGAGUGCAGAUGGUCGCCGCGUGCCAAAUGCGAGACAGAUUUCAGUGCCUGUAUGCCGCACAAGAUUAAUACAAAGCACGGCAUCGUUUCCCGCUGCCACUGGCGACGCACACAGCUCUAUAGAAAGUGUAGGAGUGACCCAUAAACCGGAAGUUCCCGGAAGUCCCUUCAAAUCUGCUCCCUUGUUACGCUACCCCCGUUUCUCUCUCUGUCCAGAGCUUUAAUACGUACGUUAUGCCUAAUGUGUUAUUUAUUAAUUGAUGCUUUUGAAAAUGUAACCAGCUCCGAGCAG